AUGCUGGGCCGGGGUCUCGCAGAGUACCUCUGGUGGGAGAAAGGCCUCAGGACCCUGCUCUGGACACAUUUUGCUCCUCACACACACGUGGAGCAGCAGCUGGGUCUGUUUGCUGUGUUCAGUGCUGCCCUGGACGUGGAGCUGUCGGAUGAUUCCUUCUCCCCAGAAGAUUUUGGCAUCGUCUCUGGCAUGCUCAACGUCAAGUGGGACAGGAUUGCUCCAGCCAGCAACAUGUCCCACACCGUGGUUCUGCGGCCUCUCAAGGCUGGGUACUUCAACUUCACCUCUGCCACCAUCACGUACCUGGCACAGGAGGGUGCCCAGGUGGUGGUUGGCUUCACCAGUGCUCCUGGGCAGGGAGGAAUCCUGGCUCAGCGUGACUUUGACAGGAGGUUCUCCCCUCACUUUCUGGACUGGGCGGCGUUUGGCGUGAUGACCCUGCCCUCCAUCGGAAUCCCUCUGCUGCUCUGGUACUCGAGCAAGAGGAAGUAUGACACCCCCAAGAGCAAAAAGAACUGAGCAGAGCCCAAUGCCAGCAGCAGCAGCAGCCCAGAGCUCGGGACAGGACACCCCCGAACCCCCAAGAACAGCAGCUGGGUCGGGAUCCAUCCCCUGCCAGGUGCUGCCUGCGUGGUGCUUCAGCCCUCUGGGCAAAGGAUUCGGUGGCUGCAGCAGCAGCUGUGAGGUGUCCUCUGUGUUCUAAUGGAGAAACAAGCAAACAGAACAAGCAGAAGUCCCAAACUGCCUUGUCCAGCCCCUCUCUCGUGUGCAGCUGCAGCAAUCUGAGCAGUGCACUGUGUUGGUGCCCAGAGGGGCCUGUCUGUGGGGCUCUGCCCCCUGUGCUGCCUCCAGCUCCCCUCUGCCUGCUGCAGU